CGCCUUUCCACAGCGAUGAGGAAGGUGACGUCUGUGCCGCUAUAAGACAGGCUGAGGGGUGCGUAGGUCAGUCGGUGCUGUUAUCACCUUUAUUUGUCUGGGUUUAGCGGUGGUUUUGCCCUAUAACACACGGAGCUAUGAAUCCCGACAUCCUAAGAGAGCGACAAAAGGCUACUUUCGACGUCGAGAAACUCACCCAUAUUUUGGACGGUGCUCCAGAAAAGACCCGAAGGAGGAGAGAAAUUCAGUCGCUGGUCCUCAGUGACCCAGACUUUCAACAUGAGGACCCAAACUUCAUGUCCCGCAGUGACCGUUAUGACCUGGCAGUUAAAAAAAGUGCCCAGAUGAUCCUGAAGCUAAGAGAGUAUGGCAUUGCAGACCCUGAAGAGAUCCUCUGCUACAAGAGUCUGUAUCGGGGCAACCGGCAUGAGGCCUUGGGUCUGCACUUCGUCAUGUUCCUCCCAACCCUGUACAGCCAGUGUGACCCCCAGCAGUUCCAGAAAUGGGUCCCUCUGGCAGAGUCCUUCCAGGUCCUAGGCACCUAUGCCCAAACUGAGAUGGGACACGGCACGCACCUCAGAGGGCUGGAGACUACUGCCACAUACGACCCGGCCACACAGGAGUUUGUUUUGAACAGUCCCACAGUGAGCUCCAUCAAAUGGUGGCCUGGAGCUCUUGGAAAAACAUCCAACUAUGCAAUAGUCCUUGCCCAGCUUUAUACUCAGGGGAAUUGCCAUGGUUUGCACGCCUUCAUCGUACCCAUCCGUGACAUGAACACCCAUGAACCGCUGCCAGGUAUUGUGGUUGGAGACAUUGGCCCCAAGUUUGGCUUUCAUGAAGUUGACAAUGGCUUCUUGAAACUAGAGAACGUACGAAUUCCACGUGACAACAUGUUGAUGAAAUAUUCCAAGGUGGAGCCAGAUGGUAGCUAUGUGAAGCCGCCCAGUGCCAAGUUGACCUACAGCACCAUGGUCUUCAUCCGCUCUAUGAUUGUAGGAGAGUCGGCCCGUGCCCUCGCCAAAUCCUGCACCAUCGCCAUUCGCUACAGUACCGUCCGACGCCAGUCUGAGAUCCGUCCUGGGGAACCAGAGCCACAGAUCCUGGACUACCAAACCCAGCAGUACAAGCUCUUCCCUCUGCUAGCCAUGGCCUAUGCCUUUACCUUUGUUGGCCAGUACAUGACCAAGACCUACCACCGCAUCACCGCAGACAUCAACCAGGGUGACUUCAGCGAACUGCCCGAGCUCCAUGCCUUGUCUGCGGGUCUGAAGGCCUUCACCACGUGGGCAGCCUCAACUGGCAUUGAGGUGUGCCGCAUGUCAUGUGGCGGCCACGGCUACUCGUGCAGCAGUGCCCUGCCAGAGAUUUACGUCACUUUCACCCCCACAUGCACCUACGAGGGAGAGAAUACAGUCAUGAUGCUGCAGACUGCCAGAUACCUGGUGAAGAGUUAUCGGCAGGUUCAAGCAGGCCAGCAGCUGAGCGGUAGUGUGUCAUACCUGAAUGAUGCGCAGCAGCAGAGGGUGCAGCCCCAGCCUGUUUCUGCCAGACCAACUGUGGUGAACAUCAAUGACCUGACCAGCCUGGUGGAGGUCUACAAGUUGCGGGCUGCCAAGCUGGUAGAGAUGGCAGCUAAGAGCAUCCAGCAGGAGCUUCAGCGCAGUAAGAGCCAGGAAGACGCCUGGAACAGCAGUGCCAUCGACCUGGUCAGGGCCUCAGAUGCCCACUGUCACUACGUUGUGGUGAAACUGUUUUCUGCCAAGCUGAGCGAGAUUGGCGAUACAGCGAUACACUCAGUGCUGUCAACCCUGGCCCUACUGUACGCCCUGCAGGGCAUUGCACAGAACUCUGGAGAUUUCCUGCAGGCUAGUCUGCUGAGUGUGCCCCAGGUGCUGCAGGUCUCUGUUCGCAUCAAGGAGCUGCUGUCUCAGUUGAGACCCAAUGCUGUGGCGCUGGUAGAUGCCUUUGACUACCAUGACGAGAUGCUGAAAUCAGUCCUGGGACGGUACGAUGGGAAUGUUUAUGAGAACCUGUUCGAAUGGGCCCGCCGCUCCCCUCUCAACCGCACAGAGGUUCAUGAGUCCUUCCACAAGUACCUGAAACCCCUAAGGUCCAAACUCUGAGCUGACCCUUAACCCCCCCACCGCCCCUUCCGGCUGUGACUUUUCAACCCCAGGUGGAUAGGCAGAAUGCUAACAACACUAACCCGUCUUAGGAGCCAUAGGAUGGCAGCCAGCCGCCAUCAGCUGCCGUCCACCGAACAGGAGGGGUCAUUAGAGCCGGCAAGCCGCGUGGCACAGUGUUUCCACCAGUGGUUUUCCCCAUUUAAGACACCUGUCAAAGUGAAAUCUGUUGUUAAUUCCAGCCACUCUGCAGGCCUGUUAUCUUAUGUGGGGCGCAGCACUUACUUUCUAAAUAGGAACACAGAUCUGCCUUCUCUCUCUCUCUCUCUCCCCCUUCCUUUGUGUCUGCCCCCCCCCCCUUCUCUUUCUUUCUUUUUCUCUCUCUCCCUCUCUCUCUCCUUACCUUACCAGAUGUGCUGCUAUAUUAAUCAAUCAUUCUAUUUUAUCUACCUAGCAGUUUUCAGUGUGUAGGUUUUUAAUGUGAUAUAUUAUAUAAACUGUACCCCUCACAUAGAGACUGAGCUCAGAGGACCAAGAGAUGGUGAUUUUGGGGCAUUCAAAGACUGAGAUAUAAUUAAGCUCUUUGGGUUGAUGUGUUUUAAAGUUUCUCACAUGUUGAACACAGAAAAUUAGUUCAAUCCCAAGGUUUCUAAUCAUGUAUAUGAUGGCUAAGUGUGAUGCACCUGUGGGUAGUGAGCAUGUAUGUGAGAGUCAUUGUAUACAUGAGACUGUGUGUGCGUGUGUGUGUGUGUAUGCGUGUUUGAGGGAAUGAGAGACAGACAGCUUUUUCAAUUGCACCGAUUGUGGUGCCAGGAGAAGUGUAAUGUCAAGUGUGUAAAAAAAAAAAAAAGUAACGGCCUGAAUUUCUGAUACUCACGGUUUUCCUCAUAGAAAAGAGAUUAAGUGCUUGGUACAACUGCAUGAGUAUCCCCCCUCCCUGCUACCAGCCAGCUUCAUGGACAGAUUAAUUUUUUAUUAUUAUAUAUUUUUAGUCAAAAAAAAAGUCUGAUAUUGAAAGUAUUCUAUGUGCAUCCACUAAUAAUUAUGCUGAAAUUUCCAGAUACAGCUGAAUUAUCCAGGGUUUAUUGUAUUAUUCUAGUUCAAACAUGGCUGGAACAUUCACAUCUUGGGUAACUACUUAAAUUACAGCUCCCUCAUUCUUGUAUUUACAAAUGUGUGUUAGCAAAACGCAAAACUGGAAACUGAUUUGAUAAACACAAAAUUUAAACUUAGCUCUUGUUAUAUCUGCCUUGUUUGUGAUUGCUUGAUUAAAGCAUGAUGGAAAGAGGGAGCUGAAAAAUGAAGCCUAACUGUGACCUGUAAAGGUGAUUUGUGGGAUAAUUAUGUGCCUGAGGAUGUAAUCCUCCCUUAAUCUAACUAUUAGAGAAUGUAAUUUCUGUGUUUUACGCAGACUAGUCUGUUGAUGAUUUCUGUUGUAGACAGUCUGUGAUUAUCAACAUGUACUGACUAAGCUGUUUUGUUUUCGCACAUUUCAUGGUAGUAUAAAGACAUUUCCUUGAAUGAUAAUCAUUUUAAAGAAAAAUGAUUUUGUGUAUUGAUUUUAAUGGUUGAUAAAUAAUUUGCCCUGCAGAUUAUAUUAAUAAAAAGGUUAAAUGAU